GAUUUAGCGAAGACAGCGAGGGGGUUCCUUACGUUUCCCCCCUCCUCUGCUUGUUCAUUUCAAGAUCAGAGGCGUGGAUCUUGCAAGAAUAUCCUACAAGUGGUGAAGCGAUGGUUUAGCGGAGCAAUUUGGCUGAUUUUUUUUUUUACAGCACGCCCGCCCAACGACACUGUAAUUCCGAGCACCCAAACAUCUGUGGACGCUUUUUUUUUCCUCUCCUGGAGGGAGAUGGCUGUGUUCCGGCUGUCGUUGCUGCUGCAAGUGGGAUUUGUGAUCGGAUCGAACCAUAAAUACGCGGAAUGGUCAGCGCACGGGGAAGAUAUGGGAGCACGAGAGGCGGUUCACGGCGCUCAGACGCACCGUCGGCAGCUGGCGCAUCUCCGUGCGCCUCAUCAUCCACCCGGGGAGACGGCGGCGGAGCUGCCGCAGAAAAUAGAGGAGCAUCUCCCCAGGGUGGUCACGGCUUUCCUGCACACGGGGGACUCGACCAUCUUAAAGCACGCCAACUGCUCGCGGAGGUACGAGCUCACCUCUCUGCGGGGAAGGUCACAAGCCACCCCGCAUCACUCCAUGAGCAGCGUGCUGGAUACGGUGCUGCACGCCACAAACUUCCUCAACAUGAUCCUGCAAGCCAACAGGUCCAGGGAGCAGAGUCUCCGGCGAGACAUUGAGUGGUACCAUGCCUUAGUGAGGAGUAUACUGGAGGGAGACGCCAAGAUCCACCGGGCGGUCGUCACUUUUAACGCGGAUCCGUCCGUGGCGGGGCCCUCGGUGCUCCUCCAAGCCACCAGGGCCGGUGGAGAGAUAGUCCUCCAAGACCUGUCCAGCAUGGCCCACCGCCAUCUGCACAACCGCACGGUGGACACAGAGUGGUACCACGAUGUCAGAGACAGGAAGAAGCCCAGUUUCCAUAAGAGGGUGCUGAGCCAAGACAUCAGAGCAGUUGACAAUUCUUUAAGAAGAGGAGAGAGUUUUAUCCCGGACAAGACACAUGUCAAAUGGUCUGCACCCUAUCUGGAGUGUGAGAAUGGGAAUUUUGUCCCCCGGUGGCUUCUGACCUUAUCAGCUGCUUUCUAUGGCCUGAAGCCCAACCUGGCUCCUGAAUUCAGGGGCGUAGUGAGAGUGGACAUUAAUCUGCAGGAUGUUGAUAUCGACCAGUGCUCCACUGACGGCUGGUUUGCUGGAACCCAUCGAUGCAACCUGACCACUAUGGAGUGUUUGCCGACCCACGGUCAUGGAUUUGUCUUGGACAAGUACUCGUGUCACUGCAAGAAAGGAUUCUACCACCCCAACAGAGUGGCUGUCAACGGCUUUACCAAGAUGGGGAGAAAGGGAAAAGCUGCAGACAGCGGUCCCAAUGCCGACGAGGGUUCUUCCAGCGACUGCCUGCCGUGCCAGCCGGGCUGCGCCUACUGCAAGGACGACACCCCCUGUGUGGCACGAGAGGACGGAGCCCUGCGCAUGGCCGUGCUCUCCUUCCAGUGUCUCUGCAUGCUGAUCGUCUUCGUUAGCAUGGUCCUCAUCUACCACUUUCGCAGGAACAAGAGUAUCAGAGCAUCGGGUCUAGUCCUACUGGAGGCCAUCCUGUGUGGAGCUCUGCUUCUCUACUUUCCGGUUGGGAUUCUCUAUUUCCAGCCGAGUGUUUUCCGCUGCAUCCUGCUGCGAUGGGUUCGACUGCUGGGUUUCGCUACCGUCUACGGGACGCUGACUCUUAAGUUGUACAGGGUGCUGAAGGUGUUCCUGUCCCGCACAGCCCAGAGGAUCCCCUAUAUGACCAGCUGGCGAGUGUUGCGUCUGCUUGGCAUCAUCCUGCUCAUCGUCUGCUGGUUCCUGGUGGCGUGGACAUCUGCCGUCUGUCAGAACCCGGACAGGAAGUUGGCUCUCAUCGACGUGGGCUACACGCCCAACGGCCUGCAGUUCAGCAUGUGCUUGCUGGAUCGCUGGGACUACAUGAUGGCUGUCGCUGAGUUCCUCUUCCUGCUGUGGGCCGUGUACCUGUGUUACGCUGUGAGGACGGUGCCGUCGGCGUUCCAUGAGCCUCGCUACAUGGCCAUCGCCGUUCACAACGAGCUCAUCCUGACGGCAAUAUUCUAUGUCAUCAGGUUCACUCUCGCUCCAGAGCUCCAUCCAGACUGGAUGCUGCUUCUGUUCUUCACCCACACCCACUUAACUGUGACAGUAACACUGGGUCUAUUACUCAUCCCCAAGUUCCUGUUUGCUGGCACUCACAUGAGAGAUGAUAUUGCCUCCGAGGCCUAUGAGGACGAGCUGGACAUGGGUCGUUCUGGGUCGUAUCUCAACAGCAGCAUUACAUCAGCGUGGAGCGAACACAGCCUGGACCCCGAGGACAUCCGGACACCAGACGAAAUGGGCCCUCUCAGUUCUAUUAAUGGCUGUGGCGUAAGGUCUUGCGACAGUCUUUGGGAAAAACGUACCAACGAGGAGCUGAAGAAACUCUACUCCCAGUUGGAGAUUUACAAGAGGAAGAAGAUGCUGGCAAACAACCCUCAUCUCCAGAAGAAACGGAGCUCCAAGAAAGGAUUGGGUCGCUCGCUGAUGAGGCGCAUCACAGAGAUCCCAGAGUCAGUGCACCGGCAAUGCAGCCGCGAAGACAAGGAGGCUGGAGAACACGGGAGCAACCGCAACAGCAUCUGCAUGUUGAAGAAGAACCCCUUCGAUCCAACUCACCCUGGAAAGCCGGCGAAGGAGGAGACACUGAAGAACAAGGUUUUCUCGCUCAAGAAGUCCCACAGCAGCUACGACCACGUCCGCGAUCAGAGUGAAGACUCCAACAGCUCGGCGACAGACAAGAUGGAGGUGACCCCGGCUGAAGGCUCCCUCCUGGAUACACUUAUGGGCAAGAAACUGGUCAAGAAGAAGUCCAGUGAGAACAUAAGUGUCCCCAGCGAAUCUACGGAAUCGGUUCCUUUGGUCUGCAAGUCAGCAAGCGCCCAUAACCUCACUGCAGACAAGAAGCCAAUUCAUCCAAGAGCCUCCAUGCUGCAGAAAUCCCUCAGCGUCAUUGCCAGUGCCAAAGAGAAGACUUUGGGCUUGACAGGAAAGACCCAGAGCACGGAGGACAGCAAUAAGAAGAGUCAGCCAAAGAGCAAAGACACAAGGGCCAAUGCAGAGUCGGAAAACGAGUGCCAACCCAAGAUGAUUAUAAGUCAGUCAGUUGAGUACAAACAGACUGCGCCACUAGGCAGGAUCAUGAAGCAGCCAGUGAGCGGCAGCCAGCCUACGAUCUGCUCCGAUCCAGGCAAGGGAAAGGACCUCUACGAUCUGUCAGAAGUGUGUCCCUGGGAAGUGGAGGAUCUUCCGACUCCAUCUGAAAACAAGGUGCAAAAGCAUGUAUCCAUAGCGCCAAAGGAAACCACGACUGUGCAUGGAGGCAGCACCAAGGGAGGCAAAUCUCAUCAGCAGAAGCAGAAAACUUCUGAUCAUUCUCCAUCAAGUGGCAGGAAUUCAAAGGAAAUUCAAAAGUCGACAGCAGUGCGAGCAGAUGUAUGUCCGUGGGAAGAUGGAGGUGAAAGUCAAGGCAGUCCAUCGGAAGGCAAGCAACAAACGUACAGUCAGGCCAGCAAACCUGCAAUGACCCAGCAGCCUCAUUCUACGACAGAGAGCUCCAAAACACAUCGGGUAGAGGUUUGUCCGUGGGACUUCCAAGAGGCCGAAACAACAACAGAGUUAGCUCGUUCACCAGAUACGACAACACAAAGAAAAGGCACCUCUCCUGUAGAUGGGAAAGGGAGAAGUAGCCUUUCCGAUCCAUCCAAAACAGGAGGCUCGCUCCAGCCGCCAUCUUCAAAAGUCGAUGUAUGUCCUUGGGACUACGACAGCACUGCAGUAUCUCCAAAUUCUGAGAGGACACCGAGUCCCUCUCGAGCACCCAAAACCAAGGAAUCCCCAUCAAAAAAGAAGGGUACCCCUUCCACAAGAACAGUUGAGAAAGAGAAAACAAAAGACGCUGAUGAUGAGAAAAGUAGAACAAAAGCUAAGGACAAAAGCAAAUCUUCAGACAAGCACGUGAGCCAACAGAAAAUGGCUGAGGUAUGCCCGUGGGAUGUAGAGAGUCAUCAGGAAGUGCCGGCAGUAGAAAAAAGGAAAAGCGCAAAUGUUGGAGCGGCCAAACCGAAGCCUGCUGAAGUCUGUCCGUGGGAUUUUGAGGAUACUUCAGAUAACAAAGGUACAGACAGAAGUGCUCCUGUAGUGAAACAGAGCAGUCCAAACCCUAAAGGCAGAGCUGCAGUUGCUCCUAAAAAGGCAGAUGUUUGUCCCUGGGACUUUGAGGAUAGCACAUCGAGCAAGAAGGCAUGACACUUAACCUUAAUGGACCACUGAAAAUUAUAGUUAUUGAUGUAUACUUUUUUUCACUUUGAAAUCGUUAAAUAUUACCUUUUACUAUUAGUGCGGUGACUUGGAAGAAAAGUUGAUCAAGUUCCACAAGUUGCCUUCCUUCUGAGGUUUUGUUCCUGUUUUACCUAUUUUGAAAAAUAAGUAAAAUGUACAAAAAAAAAAACUUAAAGUCAUGACGAGCAUUCCAGAUUAUUACAGGAAAAAUCCUGAAGAUAAAUCUUAGACUAAUUAUGCAACUUUUGAUUCCUUUUCACUUCAUGAGCAAUGUUGAAAAUCUGCAUUUACCAUGUUCUGUAUUUAGUCGACUAUUUUUUUUUACACGGUUCUUUUUGUGCAUUAACAUCAUCACUUAAUGGACUAGGACAUGACAUGACAACAGGAGAAAAAAAAGAAGUAUGAAAUUAAGGUUGAUGUACAAAAACAGCAAAAGUGAAAGCCAAAGAAAAAGGAAACAUUUGCAAAGAGGCAUGUUGAUCUUAAGGCGGUAAUAUUAACUUAUUAAUUUGUGUCCAAUCGUUGGCACAGAGGGAAGAACUCAAUGAGGAAAUCAGUCUAUAGCACUUUAGCCAACUCCAUAAAACAAGAACUGAGGACAGGCUCCGUUCUUCUUGUACAUUUUGUCUUCAUACUUUAAACUUCAUGGCAUGGCACCACACAUGAUCUCACACACCGACCAAACUUAGACAUGUUCUGUUUUUGUUUAGAUCUAUUUAAUUGUAGUUCUUUGCAGAUAAAAAUGCUUCCAAGUCUGCAGAGAUGUACUGUAUGUGCCUAACUAACUAGCGUUGUCUUGUAUCAGUCCGAAGUGAAGCGAGUGGCUUCUCCUUCGGCACUUUGUGACGGUGAAUUAUAUAAACAGCAUGCACAGCCAGGUAUUGAGAGUAGUUGGACCCUACCGGUUUGUCAACAAAAGCGGUUCAUUUCUUGACAAAUAUA